GUUGUGCUAGACCUCGGUGCAGGUGUGUCUCCCCCUCCACCGAAAUGAUGAUCUGUUCAUGCGAAAGACAGGACACGGCCAUACUGUCAACUACCUGGACCAUUCGCGUGUUACGAAAUACGUAGCUGUGGAGCCUAACGUGCAUAUGCAUGCAGAGCUGCGCCGUACUGCCUCUGCUGCUGGGUACAGUGAAGAUGCUGGAACGCUCCUCAUUCUCCCCUGCGGUGCUGAAAACAUCUCUACCAUCCUUUCCUAUCUUCCUGCGCCACACCCGCCUGUAGAUACGCUCAUAUCUGUCCUCACUAUCUGCUCCAUCCCCUCGCCGCAAUCCACCAUCUCUGGAUUGGUCACGGAGGUGCUGAAACCUGGGGGGCAGAUGUUGUUUUAUGAACAUGUGCUUAGCGAGAGGAAGGAUGUUAUGUGGUGGCAGCGUUUGUGGACGCCGUUGUGGAGUAUCAUUUUUGACGGAUGUCGCCUGGAUCGCCCGUCUCAUCGGUGGAUUGAGGAUGUGGGGGGAUGGGUGCAAGGAGAAGGAGGUAUUUGGGGGAAGGAAGGGGAAACUGAAGAACAUCUGUUUUGGCACCGAGUUGGGAGAUUCGUUAAGGCGUGAGUAGAUACAUGUCACUCCUCCAUAGGGUUUAUCUUAUCACGUACGCGUUCGAUCGAUAUUCAAUGCUGCCGUUCAAUACGCGUUGCGGUAUGUUUUAUU